AUGCCGACAAUGCAUGCAAAUACAUUGCGACAGGCCUCGCGCUUCUGCUUAAAGCAGUCGUCGUCAACCACUGGUGUUUCAAGAACUUCUGUUGCGAGAGUGGCGGGGAUAUCAAGCCAAACAACUUCGAGGAGGGGGUAUGUCUCGGCGACGAAGAAAGAUAACGCUCAGGUCAACGUCGACACUGCCAUCCGAGCCGAUCAAAAAGCAUUCUUUGCAGAGACCGGCAAGCUUCCAGAGAAAACGAUUGUGCCAGGAACCGAUGUCAACGCUGAUGCGAUGAUGAGCCCUAUGGCUGGUGUUUUGAAGCAAGCCACAGUUAUGGAUGAAGGCGAGAGACCAAUCUAUCUUGAUAUGCAAGCUACAACACCUCUUGAUCCGCGGGUGUUGGAUGCUAUGCUGCCAUACUACAGCGGACUUUAUGGCAACCCCCACUCGAGAACGCAUGCUUAUGGAUGGGAAACCGACAAGGGUAUUGAAGAGUCUCGCGAGCAUAUUGCAAAUCUUAUUGGAGCGGACCCGAAGGAGAUAAUUUUCACGAGCGGAGCUACAGAAAGUAACAAUAUGAGUGUCAAGGGAGUUGCGAGGUUCUUUGGCCGAGGUGGAAAGAAGAACCAUAUAAUUACCACCCAGACAGAACAUAAGUGUGUUCUUGACAGUUGUCGGCAUUUACAAGACGAAGGAUUUGAAGUUACAUAUCUCCCUGUCUUGAGCACCGGCCUGGUCGAUAUGGCUCAACUCGAAGCUGCCAUCCGGCCAGAGACUUGUCUCGUCAGUAUCAUGUCAGUGAACAAUGAGAUUGGUGUUAUCCAACCCCUGGAGGAGAUAGGCAAGCUUUGCAGGUCAAAGAAGGUCUUUUUCCACACCGAUGGAGCACAGGCAGUCGGCAAGAUCCCAAUGGAUGUCAACAAGAUGCAGAUUGAUCUAAUGUCCAUUUCUUCUCAUAAGAUUUACGGACCAAAGGGAAUGGGAGCUUGCUAUAUCCGAAGAAGGCCGAGAGUUAGAAUCGACCCUAUCAUCUCUGGAGGCGGACAGGAGAGAGGAUUGAGAAGUGGUACCCUUGCGCCUGCGUUAGUUGUCGGAUUUGGAGAAGCCUGUCGAAUUGCCAAGGAGGAGAUGGAUUAUGAUUCUAAACGGAUCAAGAUGCUCUCCGACAGACUUCUUAGCGGUCUCCUCUCCCUGGAGCACACCACCCAAAACGGAGACCCGAACCACUUUUACCCCGGCUGUGUCAACGUAUCUUUCGCGUACGUCGAGGGUGAGUCCCUUCUCAUGGCCUUGAAAGACAUCGCCCUCUCCUCCGGCAGCGCCUGCACCUCCGCCUCCCUGGAGCCCAGCUACGUACUACGGGCCUUGGGCAGCAGUGAUGAGAGCGCCCACAGCAGUAUCCGUUUCGGUAUCGGUCGCUUCACCACAGAGUCAGAGAUCGACUAUGUGCUGAAGGCAGUGAAGGAACGAGUCACGUUUUUGAGAGAGCUAAGCCCGCUUUGGGAGCUCGUGCAGGAGGGUGUUGCUCUUGAUAGUAUACAGUGGAGUCAGCAUUGA